AUGAAGCCACUACUCAAGACAGUGGUGGCAAUGUGCCUGCUAAUAACAAUUCAUGCACUGCCUGAAAGUAUUGAAGACGUCAAGGAACUGCCCCAAUCUAAAGAACCAAUAGUCGAAGCUGAAGAAUCAGAGCCUCAAGCGAGGGUAGAGCGAUGCACCACCUGCACAUCACUGAACCUUAAAAUUAAAUCUCCAAAGGAAGCGUUAGCAGCUCUCAAAUCGCUUCCCGGAGCUGAAGUUCACACUCAACAGUCUUACCAAGGCUGCUCAAGUGACAAAGGAUGUGCUGGACUUAAGAUUAAAGAUGGAAAAGUGAUUCAACGAUUUGGUAACGUGGACGCGUUUAACGCGGCGGCUGCCGCUGAUGUUAACAACGAAUUUAUCUUCCAUUCAGGUUUUGGUAACAAUGCCUUAGAAGGUGCUUUAGGUAAUCAACCUUUCUGGUGGAUGAACCAAGACUCACCCUUCAAAGCCGGUGGUGCCAGCGGUAACUUUGAAAAGUUCAGCAAAUCUUCAAGCUCUAGUUAUUCCAGUAGUGGAAGUUCUGGUGGAGUUUCUGGUGCCUUGGACUUAGGUGCAAACCCAUUCUUAAACGGCGAUCUCUCCUUAGGAGCUGAUAUUAAACCUAAUUACCAAUCUUCAUCUUUCGAAUCUUCUUCAUAUAGUGCUUCCAAUAAGGGUGAAAUGGAUUUAUCCCAAAAUCCUUUCCUGAACGGUGGUUAUAAGGCUGGUCAAGGUUUCCAAAGCGCGUUUGAAGCUAGUGGAUCACAGAACUUUGGUGCUGGUGCUUAUGGAAACAAAGCUUCCACAGGAUACAUUGGUUCCUCUCCCGCCCCAUUCGUUCCUGUCGCUUCCAACGUAAAUCUAAUCCAAAAUGAAAAAGCUGACUUCGAUUUUACACAACAACAGCAAACUCAGCAGAAUAUCGAUGAAAUCUUCCAAAGUUCAGGAAAUGUUGGUAUAGAGGCAUCUGCUGGUGACUUGGAACAGACAUGUUCUGCUGAAGGCUACUCCUGUGUCCUGAGGUCUCUGUGCAACAAUGGCGUCGCUUUUGUGCAAGUUAAGGUCCAGAAACAAUUUUGCAACGUACGCACAGAGGUCUGCUGCAGAAUAGAAGUAGCUAUCACCAACACUCAGGGAUCAUUCUCGAACCAAGGCUCCGUCCUAAAUAGUCAAGCUAGUUACGGAGCCUCUUCAAUUGGCAAGGGAUCAUAUGGAUCAGCAGCUUCUUUCGGUUCUGGUAUAGGAGGCGUCAAGAGAGGCCCAGCUGGAUCAAAUUCCUUUGGCAUUGGUCCCACAAUUGCCCCAACGACCUCACAAUUCGGCGCUACUAACGGAUUCAAAGCUACAGGACAAACGAACUUCAUCGAAACCGAUUCAUUGACUGCUGGCAGCGAAGCAGCCGGCUUUUACCGACCUGGUGCUGUUGGAUCUAACCUUAAACCUGGUAUCCCCUAUCUACCUCCAGUCGAUAACACCAACAGUGGUACUAAUAUUGUCAGUUCAACAUCCUUCCCUACUCCCGUUUUAGUCACCACUCCCAGACCUAUCCUCACCUCUGCCAAGCCUACUUACUUGCCACCUCCUGUAACCUCCACAUCAGCUCCAGGAUAUCUCCCACCUAUUGGAGAACAGACAAUUAACAGAGAAACUUUUGUGCCCGCAAAUCCCGACUACGAAGAAGGCUCCAUAAUCUUGGAUGAAAAUAGACCACCGAGAGUCAAACCUACACCAAUUCCAGUACCCAUUGGGCCCAUCCUAAGUGAAAUUCCAGCUGGCUGUGCUGCUGCUUUAAAAUGCACACCCAUCGAGUUUUGUACCGCUGAAGGAGUUAUUUCAAACACGACUGUCAUUUUAACCAGAGAUCAAAACGCAUAUAGAGUACCUCUCACUGACUGCAGAGACAUCGAAACUGGACGUGUUGGUAAAUGCUGCCGUGACCCCUACUACACUGACCCUUGGCCAACAAACCAACUCGGUAAAUGGGUUACUGGAGUUUUCGGAGGAAACGAUGGAAAAUAUGUACCAGACAACCGCAUUAGCACGAGCAACAUCCGACCUACAGUUACGUCUAAGCCAGUGGUCACAGGAUCUAUUUUGUUGAACAAUUUCAUGACGACCAAAACUCCCAAAUACCCCACCCCUACUCCCUUCCCGACGACGAAUCAGUUUGGUCAAGGAAGUGUAGGAAUAAUCGGCCAAGGAGGUCAAGGUCAAUACGGCCAAGGAACCCAAGGACAGUUCGGCAUAGGAGGACAAGGACAGCUCGGGCUUGGAUCUCAAGUGAAUACCGCUUACCAAAAAGGACAAGGACAAAUUAAAAAACAAGGUCAAGGACAGAUUGUCAGUCAAGGAGUUGGAAGUGGAGUCAGCCAAGGGUUCGGUACAGGCAUUCGUCAAGGCCAGGGUGUAGGUGUUAUUCAGGGAGGAGGACUAGGAAUUCGUCAACAGCAAGGACAAGUUGUAUCGCAAGGUCAAGGAGCAUUUGGAGUUAAAGGACAGGGUGUCCAAACUCAAUUUGGAGUUGGAACUGGUAUACGACAGGGACAAGGAGUAGGAGUAUCUCAAGGUUUCGGUACUGGAGUGCGACAGGGACAAGGAGUAGGAGUAUCUCAAGGUCAAGGACUAGGAGUAGCUCAAGGGUUUGGCACGGGUGUACAACAAGGUGUAGGAACCGGAAUAUCUCAAGGUUUUGGAACUGGUAUACGCCAAGGACAAGGAGUAUUAGCAUCUAAAGGGCAAGGUGUAGGAAUAGCACAAGGACAAGGACUAGGAGUCGCACAAGGACAAGGACUAGGAGUUACUCAAGGACAAGGGCUAGGAGUUUCUCAAGGACAAGGGCUAGGAGUUUCUCAAGGGCAAGGGCUAGGAAUUUCUCAAGGCCAAGGACUAGGAGUAUCUCAAGGUUUCGGUACUGGAGUGCGACAGGGACAAGGAGUACUAGUGUCUAAAGGACAAGGACUAGGAGUCGCUCAAGGACAAGGGCUAGGAGUUUCUCAAGGACAAGGGCUAGGAGUUUCUCAAGGUCAAGGACUAGGAGUAUCUCAAGGUUUCGGAUCUGGGGUUCGACAGGGAGUAGGAAUUGAAGCAUCACAAGGAUUUGGAACCGGUGUGCAACAAGGACAAGGAUUAGGAGUAUCUCAAGGUUUCGGAACUGGUGUACAACAGGGAUUCGGACAGGGUGUUUCCCAAGGAUUUGGUCAAGGAUUCCGCCAGGGACAAGGACAGAUCGUGUCUCAAGGGCUUGGAACUGGUGUAUCUCAAGGCCAAGGGCAAUUUGUGAACCAGGGUGAAGAAAGUUAUAUAUCGCAAGGAUUCGGACAAGGCAUUCGCCAAGGUCAAGGACAGUUAGUAUCACAGGGGCAAGGACAGUAUGUGACCCAAGGACAAGGCAAAAAACUGAUCCAAGGAUUUGGCCAAGCUAUCCGCCAAGGCAGUGGAUUAGGAGUUGAAAAUGAAUAUAGUGAAUCUGUCAACAGAGUCUUCCUUACCCAGUACAAUGGGAAUGGACAGUGCGGACUUAUGAAUGGUCAAAAGCCUUUUGGAGACAAAAACGACCUGGAGGUAGACUUCGCUGAGAUCCCCUGGCAAGCGAUGAUCCUGCUCCAAACUAACAGAUCCCUCCUAUGUGGUGGAGUCAUCACUCGCCCUGAUGUCGUCGUCACGUCUGCAGCUUGCGUUGAAGGGCUUGAAGCCAAAAACGUGCUGAUUAAGGGAGGAGAAUAUAAACUUGGCAUCGAUGACGAACCCUUACCCUUCCAAAUUGUCCAAGUGAAGACCAUCUUACGUCAUCCCUUCUACAAACCUGGCAGCCUUCUCUAUGAUGCUGCGAUCUUGGUCCUGACUGAAAACCUGAGAUUAGCCAAGAAUAUAUACCCUAUCUGCUUACCAGGAGUUGAUGAGACCCUUGACGCCUACUACAAUGGCGCUGGACAGUGCAUUGUCACUGGAUGGGGCAAGAUUGUGUUGCAAGCUCACCUCGAAGGCGCGAUCAUGCACAGUGUCAACGUAUCUCUGAUCCCGCCUCAAGAGUGCCAAGCCAAGAUCUCAUCAGACUACCCUCAUCUCUUUGAGCAAUACGAUGAAGACAGUUGCGCUUGUGGACAGCCCAAAAACCCAGAUGAUAAUAUUUGCAAGGUGGACAUCGGUAGUGCCCUCGCGUGUACUUCCGGAGAUGGACAUUAUGUACUUAGAGGAGUCUACUCUUGGGAUUCAGGUUGUCAAACUGGCAAUCAACUUGCUGGCUUCUACAAAUUCGAUCUUGAAUGGUAUCAAUGGGCCAUCGGUUUAAUCGAAAGCAUACGAUUUGCACAAUUCAGCACUAUCACCAAAGUGACCAGUCAGGUCACUAGCCAAGUUAAUGGAGUCAAAGGUUUUGGAGUUAAAGGAAACCAAUUUAAUACCGUGAAGGGUUCAGUUGGGUCUGGCUCAGGAACAGCUGUUGGCGGCGUGAAAGGUUUUGGUGUAAAUGGAAAAGGACAGCUUGGAUUUGGACAGACUCAAAGUUUAGUAAGCCAAGGACAGUAUGGUGGUGGAUUCAACAAAUUCAGCGGAAAAGUUUCCAGUACGAACUCUCAAUCUGGUUUCGGCUUUGGCGACAUCAAGCCUAUUACCAACGGUUUCAGCGCAACAUAUUCCGAAAAGAAAUAUUUCCAAACCGAACCGAAAAUAGUAACUUAUACAACGAAACCCGAAAUCGUAACAUACACAACGAAACCCGAAAUCGUUACGUAUACAACCAAACCUGAAAUCUUUACUUACACAACCAAACCAAAAAUCUUUACUUACACAACCAAACCAAAAAUCAUUACAUACACGACAGAACCGAAAAUAGUGACAUAUACGACUAAACCACAAAUAAUUAGAUACGAAACUUCUGGAAGUGGCACCAACCCUCAAUACGUAGCCCCUGGCGUUUCUUUUAACCCCUCAUUUUCGGACUUAAUAAGUAAACAUGAGCACACAGCAAAUUGCAAGUGCUUAGAAGGCAAGAAG